CCCUCCCCCCUGCGGCCCCACCCACAUCCCAGAGUUCACAUGAUUGCGUCCACAAAGGAAGGGAAGUCGCUCCGGAGUAUAUAAGGAGCUGAUCUGCCUCUCUGAAUAGCAACGUGAUUGUUGGAGCUAACUAGCGCGUUUGCACAGCUGAGAGUUACACUGAACUUCAGCAUGGCUUCCACCACGGAGAGUGUUGCUGCUGCUGCUUCUGCACCAGAGGAACAAGAUCAGAAAAAUGUUGCUGGCCGUGUGGCCAACCUGCCUCUGGUCAGCUCUGCCUAUGACAUGGUCUCCUCGGCUUACGCCUCCACUAAAGAGAGCCACCCGUACGUCAAAUCGGUCUGUGAUGUGGCAGAGAAAGGUGUGAAGACCAUAGCUUCCGCUGCUGCCAGCGGGGCCCAGCCCAUCCUGAACAAGCUGGAGCCACAGAUUUCAACAGCAAAUGAGUAUGCAUGCAAGGGGCUGGACAAAUUGGAGGAGAAGCUCCCCAUUCUUCAACAGCCAACAGAUAAGAUCAUUUCAGGCACCAAAGACUUGGUGACUUCCACUGUGACAGGGGCCAAAGAUGCCAUCAGCAGUACUGUCACGGGAGCCAGGGAUGUCGUCACCAGCACAGUGACUGGGAUGGUUGAUAAAACGAAGGAGGUAGUCCAUGGGGGUGUGGAGAUGACCAGGUCAGCUGUUGCGAGUGGUGUGAACACAGUGAUGGGGUCUUCAAUGGGCCAGAUGGUGGCCAGUGGCAUGGAUACGGUGCUGGGCAAGUCAGAGGAGCUGGUGGACCACUAUCUUCCAAUGACGGAUGAAGAAUUGGCCAAACUGGCCACCUCCGUGGAGGGCUUUGAGAUGGCCACCGUGGAGCAGCAGAAACAGCAGCAAAGCUACUUUGUGCGCCUGGGGUCCCUCUCGACCAAGCUCCGCCACCGCGCCUACCAGCACUCCCUGAAGAAGCUGAGAGACUCCAAGCAGCGUACCCAAGACUCCCUUGCCCAGCUGCACCAAGUCAUUGAGCUGAUUGAACACAUCAAACAAGGCGUUGACCAGAAGAUUCAGAGCAGCCAAGAGAAGCUUCAACAGCUGUGGAAACAAAUGAGUCAGAAGCAGUCUUCAGUUACCAUUCAGACAGAUGCUUCUCCACCAGAGCAGAUCGAGUCUCAAGCCUUGGAGGUCUCUCGUGGCCUCUCCCAGCAGCUGCAAGCGGCCACCACGGCUCUGGUCUCCAACCUCCAAGGUCUCCCUGCAGGCCUCCAAGAAAAAGUGGGCCUCGUCCAUCAGAACGUCGAGGAGCUCCGGGCAGCUUUCUCUUCCGUCGGGUCCUUCAAGGACUUAUCUAGUUCCAUCUUGGCCCAGAGCAGGGAGAGGGUCACCAGGGCCCGGGAGCUGACCGAUGAGUUGAUGGACCACGUGGCCCAGAAUGUCCCCCUUUCUUGGCUAGUGGGACCUUUUGCUCCCUUUGGCAAACCAGAUGUGGAGGUGGAGGAAGUGGAGAUGAAGUAGAGGCUGCUGGUCACUUUGUGGGGGGUGGGGAGGGUCUAGGGUUUUGGUCCAAGAGCAGGUUUGGCUGAAGAAUAAGACAGAUUCACUUCCAUUUAGAAGUCUCUUGAUACAGACAACUGAGGGAAAUGGAAAGCAAAGUUCAAUAUCUUCUGUCUCUGCAAAUUGAGCCAGGCUGCAGCCUCACUAAAAGCCAACUCGGCCGCCAUCUUUAAAGCAAGCUAACAAGCCGUAGAUUUGCAGUCUCUGCCAGGGCACCCGUCAUCCCACUUCACAGCCUCAGAAUUUUUCAAAUGCAGAGGGGUUUUUUCUAGCUGCUACUCAGAUGCAGCCAGCAAGCAAUUUGCCUCAAGCUGCCAUGGCCAUUUUGAAAAGCCUUCUGGGCUGGCAGCAGCAGGGCGUUGUUGCAGGAUGAACCGUGCAGAAGUAGGGUGCUUGCUUCUUCAAACAGUUCCCAUGCAGUGAAAGGAGUGUGGCAGGGAACCCUGUGCAGAAAGGCUGCCUGUAACAUGGCUGUAUUACCAUUUACUGUGUGGGGUGCACUCCAGAGACCAACUGUGCAGAGUCCAUAGGGAAGUGGCAAUGAGUUCUUUCUCUAAGCCUUAGCUGCACAAACUCCUUUAAGGUGGCUGCUAAAACAUGGCCUCUAGAUGCUUGAUUAGAUCUUAAAUCUAGAAGAUCUUUCAGUAGUCUCCAAUCAGGCGUCUCUUUGCAACUGGCUCCUUUCCAUGACUUGCUAACUUUUUCUCUCGUAUUGCCCAUGUAUACCCCACCCCCACCUUAAUAAAUAAAUAACUUCUUGCAUUGAAACAAA